CUGAAGAUAAUGAGGAGAAUGACGAAUUGAGUGAAGCUGAUGAGAGAAAUCAUGUCAAAAUGAGUCGCUGUCAAACCGAACACAAAGAUUUAAAGAAAAGCAGAGCCAAGAAAUCUUUCACCUGCACUCAGUGUGGAAAGAGUUUGAGAAACAAACAAAGUCUUGAGUAUCACAUGAGAGUUCACACUGGAGAGAAACCGUUCACAUGUGAUCAGUGCGGGAAGAGAUUCUCACAAUCAGCACAUCUUAAGGUACACAUGAACAUCCACACUAGAGAGAAACUGUACGCAUGUGGUCAAUGUGCUAAAACAUUUUUGUGGGCUUUAAGCCUGAAGACACACCUGAGAGUUCAUGCAAAGGAGAAGCCACAUUCAUGUCAUUUGUGUGGGAAGAGUUUUUUACAUCUACAAAGUUUGAAAGUGCAUCAGAAAAUACAUGCCGGUGUGAAAGAUUACAUGUGUUUUGAGUGUGAAAGGACUUUUACUACAGCUGAAAAAUUAAAGCUGCACCAGAGGAUUCACACUGGAGAAAAACCGUACAAGUGUUCACACUGCGAGCAGAGAUUCAGCCGGUCAGGACAUCUGAAAACACACGAGAGGAUCCACACUGGAGAGAAACCGCACACAUGUGAUCAAUGCGGGAAGAGUUUUGCACAAAAAAGGACAACUUAAGAGUCACAUGAGCAUCCACACUGGAGAGAAACCUUAUAUGUGUUCACAAUGCGACAAGGGCUUCAGACUGCCAGAAACCCUGAAAAGACACGAGAGGAUCCACACGGGAGAGAAACCGUAUCACUGCACUGCAUGUGGGAGGUGUUUCAAUCGUUUAUCUGCUUUACGCAGUCAUACAAAGAAAAUUCACAGGAAGUAGAUCAUCUUCAGAUCUGAUGCUGCAUCCAAAUGUGACACAAUAAUGCAUCAAGCAAUAAAAUAUCAUCUGGAUAAAUCUGUCAUUACAAGCAACAUGACAAAGAAUCAUUAUCAAAAGUUUUCACAGUGAAUAAAGUGCAUCUUCAUCUU